CGUGAUGGGAUAUUAUGGGAACUAUUUAUCUUAAUUGGUUGUUUAGUCGGACAGAAAAAUAAAGUGCACACUUCAACGUCAUGCCUGAGAGGAAUGGCUGGCCCUUCGCGCAUGCGCAAAACAUAUAGUGCGGCCACAACAGAAUAGCUUACUGACAAAGGCAACCAAAGGUUCCAAACGACGAAGCAUUUAGCAACAAAACAAACGUACUCAUUAGAGAACAGCUCAGCACGAAGCGCCCAUUUCAUUUAAUAUCAUACUUAACGGCUUUACAAUCAAACAAACUUAUUGUAUGACUAAAAUGUAGUUAGCAUUUUGUGAUGAAGAUGAACGCUAGCGUCUACUUAGCAAACCUUGUGUUCCGUUUGAAACUUGCCGUUUUCUCCCCAUUCAUUUCUCGUCGAGUUCUCUACCAGCAGUAAAUCAUGCCUACUGUGGUGUUAAUGGACGCGUCCUUGUCCAUGACGAGACCAGUGUCGCAGGACAUCAGCGAGGAGUUCCAGAGGAAGAACUUGGCAGUCCACGGCCUUAAUAUGUUAUUCGAGCACAUGGCCUCCAACUAUCGUUUGGAGUUCACCGCACUUAUGGCCUUCUCCUCCCUCUGGGAACUCUUGGUGCCCUUCACCAGAGAUUAUAACGCUUUACAGGACGCCCUCAGCAACCUGGAGGACUAUGACAAGACGUGCGUGGAGUCCGCUUUGAAUGGGGUCAGCAACGUAGUGCAGCAAGAGUGGGGCAGUGCCUGUCCCUGUCAGGUGGUGCUGGUGACCGACGGGUCUCUCGGUAUUGGAAAAGGCUCCCUGCGCCAUUCACUUCAAUCGUUGCGCCACCGGGGGGACGAGAAGAAGUUCCCUCUGCCCUUCCCAUUCCCCACCAAAAUGUUCAUCAUGUGUGUCGCCAACACAGAUGAGUUACAGGCAACUGGUGCUUUGGACAAAUGGGAAGAGCUUCUUAGUCUCAGUGGUGGGGAUGGUCAGGUCUUCACCGUGGAGGGUCCUCUGUGCAUGCAGGGUGUGCAAGCCAUGUUUGGGAGAUUAAUUGACAGGGCAUACUGUCCCUUCCAUGCGGUUUUGCACUGUGGGAACUUGUCCGCAGACGUUCAGGUGUUCCCUCGACCUGAACCCGUCGUGGUGGAUGAGGAGGUGGAACCUCUAGCUCGAAAUGUCAGCACAGAUUUGGAAAUUGUGGGUUUUAUUGAAAUAGCUGACAUAUCCAGUCCUCCUGUCAUAUCCAGACACUUAGUACUACCUAUUGCUGUCAACAAAGUUGAGGACGUUGGCACAGGCGCUGCUGAUGAGCUGGAAGAGGAAGUGUCUGCGAGUCAAAUGGCAGGGAAAAGUCCAAACUUUUGCGUGCUCUUACAUGGCAGCCUAAAAGUGGAGGGUAUGGUGGCACUUGUCCAAUUAGGGCCCGAAUGGUUCGGCAUGCUGUACUCCCAAGCAGACAGCAAGAAGAAAUCCAAUCUGAUGAUGUCACUGUUUGAACCCAGUACUGAGCCUUUGCCUUGGCUGGGAAAGAUCACUCAUUUGGGACCAAUCUCAGAGGCAGUAGAAAAUCCUUACGGAGAGGAUGACAGUAAAAGUCCUUUCCCUGUGCAGCCGCCCGUCAAAAGAAGCUAUGCGCAGAAUGUCACUGUGUGGAUUAAAGCCAGCGGACUACAGACGGAUGUGCAAAAGAUUCUGAGGAAUGCAAGAAAACUACCCGAUAAAACACAGACCUUCUACAAGGAGCUGAACCGCCUUCGUAAGGCUGCAUUAGCAUUUGGAUUCUGGGACCUCCUCAAGGGAGUGGCUGAGUUGCUGGAGCGGGAAUGCACAUUGCUGCCUGACUCUGCUCACCCCGAUGCCGCUUUCCAGCUCUCGCACGCAGCACAGCAACUCAAGCUGGCCAGUACCGGGGACUCCCAAUAUGCCGCUUUUGACCACAACAUUGUUCCCAUGCACACAGACUUCUCAAACUGAACGAUCUCUCUGACUUGGUUGAAAAAUGCACUGCGGACAAUAGAGGGAAAACACUCGCUCCUAAAAAAUAUUCUCUUGUAAAAUAUUUUUUAUACUUCUUAUUAGUAAAGUGUGUCAAAUCACUGUCACAGUUGAAGCGUGAACACCAAUGCAUUUUAAUGAAACACCCGUGAGUGACAACAUUUGGUAUGCCAGCACACUAAUUAUUCCCAUUUUAACAGUGAUUGGCAUUGUGUUAUCAUAGCAUCGUUGUUGGAAUUUACUGCACUGCAAAUAAGGUAUGAGGCAGUGACGUUCAACACCAUAAACCACAAGAUAAGUCCUGUGGUACCUAGGUUAUGCAAGAUAUAUCAGGGUGUCUGCAGGGUUCAACAAGCCAAAUUUAAUACUUUUAAAGACCAAAACAAAAUUUAAGACCCAUUCAACAUCGAUACCGGCAAAAAAAAUGUACAAAAGAUUUAAAGGAAAAUUUGAGGCCUGGAGUUACUUGCAAAGUGCAGUAUAUGAAUUUAUUCCCUGCUCUUUCACACUGUGAUUCAAAUGAACACAAAGUACUACUAGUAGUAGUAAUGUCAAUAGAUUUUUAAGAUCUUUUAUAUUUUUGGAGAAUUUGACAUUUUAAGGCCUUAAAUUCAAAUUAUUGGAUUUGACUUUUUUUUAAAACUUUUUAAGACCAUGCAGAUAACAUAUAUAAACAUAAAGGGCAGGCUGAUUGAAACUCCCAAAUUAUCCUUAGGUGGAUUUAUGUGUGAAUGGUUGUCUCCUCUUGCCCUGUGAUUGGCUGGCAACUAAUUCCGGGUGUAAAUGUUAAAUGGUGUUAUACUUGUAUAGCGCUUUUCCACCUUUCGAGGUGCUCAAAACCCAGCUUUCUGCUAAUCGAUAGCUGAGAUAAGCUCUUUAAAUCACGACCUUCGUGAAGAUGAGCUGCACAGAAGAUAAAUGACAGACCUGGCGUACACAUAUGUGGACAUCACAUUUUGGGUCAUGUAGGCCACACUUGUAUACCAUAUGUUAAUAUUGUGGCCUACAUGACCCAACUUGAGAUUUCCACCUAUUUUGAUGCCACAUUUCAAUUAUACUUUUUUUCCCCCCCAAAUAUAUUUUUUAAUGAAAAAGUAAAAUAACAUGUUAAUUUUAAAAAAUGAUCGAAAACAGAAACUAUGACCACCAAUAACACUUUAAAAUGGCUAAAAUAGCAUUUCUGUAAUUUUUGGACUUAAGAUGCAACCAAUUUUUACAAGAAAAAAAACAAUAUACAAGUUCUAUAAGGUGUAUACAUUGUAUUCCACGAUACAAUGUGAUUAGUCACUGCCACCACUCCUAAUAUAAGAAAUAGUGGUAACAAAAGUAGCAGUUUUUGCUGAGUUAUAGGAUUCUUAUACACUGAUGAGGUAUAAUACAGGCCAGCAAAAAUAGGAUUCGUGACAAUUACAGAAAAUGAAUACAAAAUACAGUACAACUAUGACUAAAGUCUAAAAGACCUUGAAAACUAAAUAGAUUAUUUAAAAUACAUUAUACAUGUAAAUAGCAAUGCUGAAAAUGUGGCUAAAAAUAGCCUCAUUUUUAUAUGCAGUACUUUAAUCAUUGAAACCUGACAGGGUUAUUAACAAUCCUCUGUAGGGGUACCAACCAAAACCCAGUAUCAGUUCCAAAGCAACUGCCAGUAAACAGACCAAAUAACUUUUUUUUUUUUUUUAGCCAGCCUGUUUGUUCUGUAAACAAGCGUCGCGCUAAACUAAAUACAGCCAGGCAGCACACACAAAAUAAAAAUGUGUAAAUUUUAUUUUAGAUUGAUUUAUUAAUGUUACGUUACUUGUAUUUAUCAUUUUUGAAAGAUAUACUCCUAAAUUUAAUUUAGCACUGUAAAUUUAAGGGUCUGUUUUUUAUUUUUUUUUUAUUUUUAUUUAUUAUUAUUAUUUUUUAUGUAUCUGUUCAACAAUUGUUCAAGCACUGGAACAGUUUUAAAAAGUAGCAAGUAGUAACCGGUAUUGGAGAAAACACAAACGAAACCCAAUCCUACUCCUCAGUGGCAUGUAAAAUUUGAAAGACGUUUUCACCUUGAAGGAAAUAACAAAACUUUGCAUUAAACAAAUAGACAUAUAGUAGAACUCUUAAAGUUGUAGUUGGCAGACCCUCAAACAAAAUUUGCAAAUCAACAGCAGGAAGGAAGUUUAGCAGACAAUGAAAGGCGCCGAUAUAAUAAAACUGUCUCAAGAAAAUAAUUUAUAGGCAAUAAACAGGUGCCAAGGCAAUUAUUCACUGAGCCUUCCUCUUCUUGGUCCUGAGCCGCCUCUGCCUUUGUUUGUAGAGAUGACGAAAGUUGAUAAAAAGUCCUGACAGAACAAAUGAACGAGACAAUUAACUUUUGAAUGCAGUUUCAAGAAAUUUAUUUUAAGCUUACCUAGAAACAAGAGAGCGAGAUGUACGCGCAAAACAUAGGAAAAUUUCACAGAAGUGCCGAUGGCCUUGGGUAGAGGAAUGCUGAACAGGUUGCUCUCGUCAAAGAUGGGGAUGGACUGUAUCACGGCAACAGCUGUGGGGUGGCAAAUUUGUACUGUAUUUGUCUUUUGUCGUUUAUCAACUUUCAGAGCAGUGAACACAAACAUACCCUCGGCGAGAGCACCUAAUGGGUAGAGGGGUAUCCAAAGGGAGUAUCGCAGCCAUGUCAGGAGUUUCCACUCUGUAUUAAAGCAUUCCAGCAUGUAGAAUGGAUACCUGCAGCAAAAGUGUCAUUACUGCUACUGGGUCGAAAUUGUUAAUGUGACUAAUAUAUAUAUUAAUUUAUAAUAUAAAUAUCUACUCAGGCCCGCUUCACCUUCUGAAAAUUAUCACAUGACCUUAUUUCGCAAUUGUUUUCAUUUUAUGGACAUUUUAUCCUAAGACUGUGUUGUGUCAGAGCAAUGUUCCCACCCAUGUGAACAUUCUGAUUUGUUCGUGGCCUGGCAAAUAGCACCAGUCGGCAUGAAAUGAAGACUUAAAAACUUUUUUUUUUUUUUUUUUUAACAAAACUUGAAAUUGUAUUCAAACAUACAUACCAUAUUUUCAAAACCAUAAGGUGCAUCUAAAAGUAAAAUUCUCUAAAAUGGACGGUGUGCUAAUAAUGUGGUGUGCCUAUUGAGUGGACUGAGUACCAAAAUGUGUCUGUCUGUCUGAGCAAUUUUUGAAUAGGCGGAUGUAAGUGAGAGCUGCAUGAGAACCUUGAAGGGAGAAGGUUGCGUAUGAUAGUGUUCGAGUGUGUGGGUUAGGCUAAACAACAUUGGUUUAGCGAAAGACCCUCAAAAAUGUCAUCUACAGGGAAGAGACGCUUAGUAAACGCAUUUCAAACUCAAGGCUAUCAAUUAUGCGAAACAAAAAGCCUAGCCAAGCUCUUCACUUCGGAUACAAAAAACGAGGACUUUGAUGGAUUUGAGUAUUGAUUAAAAUUGGGUGAGUACUUUGUUAAAUUCUUUAAUAAAGUACAAUUGAACUCAGUUUUGCUCCCGUUGCCUUUAAAAAUUUUUUUUAAAACAAUUCACAAUUCUUGCGCCUUGUGUGUUAAAGACAAAAAUGUCACCCAAAAAUGAGCCUGCACCUUUUAAUACGGUGCCCCUAUGUCAUGAAAAUAAGGUAUAUGUAUGUAUGUAUGUAUAUAUAUCUAAUACUAAUACCCGAAUAUAAGACGGCCCUGAUUAUAUGACAACCCCCUCUUUUUCAAGACUCAAGUUUGGUGUUCAAAAAGUCUUUUUUCAAAUAAAUUUUUAUACAGAAAAUAAUAACGGUACAUCUGAAACAAUUAGAACAAUAUAUUUGAGAGAAAAAGCAUGUUAUUUUGCCUCAUUCAAAUCUUAAUAUGUAAACAUUUCAAUAUGUAAAGUGCAAACACAUUUGCAAAUGAAUGGCUUCUGGUUUUUGAAAUGUAAAUAAACCAAUCUGUUGUAAUAAAACAACAAAAUUGCAAUAACUGCAUUAUCUAUCAAAGUGAAGUCUAACUGUAACUGCAGUCUUGAAACAAAUCUGAAUAAGGAAAAACAUUGCAAUAAAAUAAUGCAAACUGGUUAAACUAGUAGCUGAGAUCUGUCAUGACAGAACAUCGCUUCAAUGAUAUCUGGCGCCAUCUAGCGUCGUGAAUGGGGAGAGUAGCAGAGAUUUGUCGUAACAGAACAUCGCUUCAAUGAUAUCUGGCGUCAUCUAGCGUCGUGAAUCGGUAUAAUAUCUAGACCGCGAAUAUAAGACGACCCCCUCUUUUUCAAUAUUAUUUCAAUGCAAAAAAAAACGUCUUAUAUUCGGGCCAAUACGGUCAAUUGCAAAUCUGAGGAAAUAAUACAUUUUUUGGCUUCUUUGUCUACCUCUACCAGCCCAAAAGAUCAUAGAUGGCUAUUAAAAUAACUUCAAAAAAAUCAUUGCCUAUAACAAGGUGGUUGAGGGGAUUCUUGAGUUGACCAAAGAUGCAAAUACUAACCUUAUAGACAGUGACAGUUAAAAAUAUCUACAUGAAAGUUUUGAGUGUGGCCUACCUAAAUAUUUCAAUGGCGCUCCACGGAUAGAAAACAAAGAAGACCACAGGCUUAUUCUGCAUUUCUUCCAAGCAACCAAAAAUGAUGAAGAGGAUGAAAUUCCUUCCAAACAACUAUUUAUAGAGCAAAGAUUAUAUUGAAUGAGUAUCACAUUUAACUACAGAUGUCUCACAUUGUCUGACUGACCUGUAUAACUGUUGGGAUCACACCUGUCCGGACCACACCAAAUGCCGCAUUGAGAACUUCAAUUGCUGCGAAAAUCUGGCAGAAGAACAUUACGCCGGAUAUAGUGUGAAAUGUGUCGUAGAAGGAAUCUGAAAUGUGAUGCGCACAGCGUUAAUGUAGUCAUCACGGGAAUGGAAAAAGCACUCACACACACCGGUACUCGCCUUGACCAAAUGUGAGGAGGCGAAUAGUCAUGUUGACGAAGAUCCAUGAAUAGCCAAGAAAUUGCACCAAAUUGUAUGUAAACAAAAACACUGUUUUCAGACUGAUGAACCCUGCAACACAAAAAGCAGCUAUUUGGUAUGACUUCCAUUUACCCAUCGGUUUUCGAUUGAGUGUAGUGCUGCAACGAUUAAUCAGUUAACUCGAGUAAUUCGAUUAGAAAAGAAGCUUCAAAUCAAAAUUUGCUGCUUCAAGUAUUUGUUUAAUUAGAGUGGCGUUAUAAUGGUUUGUUUUUAAAGUGUUCGCAUUUAGUUGUAUUGAUUUGGGUGGAUACACUGCCCUCUAGUGGCAGCAGUGAAUAUAACAUAACUCAUUUAACAUGGCUGAAUCCAGUUGCUCCCUGUUAAGAACAACAUGAGCUAAUGUUUUUCAUGCAUUCGUAAUUUAGUUUAUAGGUAUAUUUAGCUGUUUUUUGUGGGAAAGUGUGCUUGAACUAUUAAGAUUAUAAUAUAUAUACAUACAGUGGGGAG